AUGUUAAAGUUGUAAGGUAAAAUUUUAGAAAAGAAAUUGGCCAAAAAUAGUUCUAAGAAUUAAAUAGAAACCUAAUCUUAAAAUAUUUCUAAUAAUAAUAGUCCUGUCGUUGGAAGAUAAAAGUCAUAUGAGAAUAUAUAAAAGGUUAAUAAAACUUUUAUUAAUUAACCUCCUUCAUAAUAGAAAUUGGGCAGUAUUUUGAAUGUAAUUAGUGGUUCAUAAUAAAUGCACAAAUAAUAAAAGUAUUCCAUCAACAAUGAAUUGAUUGAAACAGUCAAAAUAUCAAAUUAAUUACGUAAAAAUUAAUCAAUGAUACAUAUUGAUUAAUAGUCUCCUGCUCUAACUAAAAAUUAUUCAUUUCAUCAUUCAGUUAAAAAUAAAAUAAAUAGCAACAGUGUAUCAAGUGAUUAAUCUUAAAUUCAAAAAGUUAAGGAAAAAAUUAAGUUUUUAUUAUAAGAAAGAGAUUAAAAUUUACCUUAAGAUGCAAAAGAAUUGAGUUUUAUGACAAAAUUCAAUUAAAUUUUAAACUAAUUAGUAAUUACUUUAUUUCAAGAACCAAAUCUAUAAAAUUCAUAACCAUAAUUAAAUUUACCAUCUUCAACUUAAGAUACAUUCUAAACAAUUUAAAUAGAUCAUUUUUUUAAGAGAUAAAUUUAAAUAUUAUAGUAAUCCUAUUAGUUAUAAUAAGAAAAAAAGAAAUUGGAAAAUGCAUUAUUAUAAGUAAAAAAGAAAUGUGAAAUUUUAUUAUAAGAAAAUGAAUAACUAUAAGUCAAUAAAAUUUAAUAAGAUGAAAAAAUAAUAUAAAUGCAAUAAUAAAUUGAAGAUUUAUUAAGUAACAAAGAAAACAUUUAAUUACAAUCAGGUAUUACUAUAUAAAAAUUAAUAUAGAAACAUAAGAAUUGAAAUAUCUCAUAUAAGGAUAAUUUGAAGCAAUAUAGAAAUUAUUAUAAAGAGAAUAAUUAAUGAAAGUAUUUUUAAAAAGAGUUGGUGAUAGUUCAAUUAUAGAGUAAGAAUAAAUUGAAUAUAUAAAAUAGAAUGUUUGAAUAAUUUAUAUCUAAUGCUGAAAAUAUCAAUCAAGAUGAUACAGAUGGAAAUUUAAAUAUUGAUAUGUUACCUUAACAAAAAUAAAAAAGCUCAUAAAAGAAUAUCUAAUAAAAAGAAUAAUAGUAAAUAACAGAUAAGAUUAUUUAAUAAUAUGAAAAAAGUUAUAAAUAAUUAGAUUUAUGUGAUUCUUUAUUGGCUGAUGAUUCAAGUAAGAAUUAUUUACUAAAAUUAAGGAGUUAAUGAUUCAGAAGAGAGUAGUUUUGGAUAUUUAGGAAAGGAAUAAGCAACAGAAGUUAGUUGUUAUUUUUCAUAAGCAUAGUAUUAUAAAUUAUUUUUAAAUUGUUAGGCAAUUUUAAUAAUAACCAUAUUUUUAGAAAGUAAAAUCCAAUAUUAAAGAUAAACUAAAAAUCAAUAUGAUGGAUAUACAAUUGGCAUAAGCAGCGUAUUUAAAUAUAUUUAUUAUAUAAGAUAACGAUAAGAGUUUGUCAAAUUAGAGAAAGAACAAGUUAAUCAUAAGAUAUUACCUGAUGAUAUCAACAGUGAAGAUGUACUUAAAAUUCUUAUUAAUAGUUUUGA